AUGUCGCAACACCGCCAUGAAAGUUUUGGAUCCAUUGGCGAGGUCGACGCCGACAUUGUCUCCGAACUACGAGACCGUUUGACUGAGGCCACGAUAAAAUGCUCUGAGCGCUGCCUCUACCAGUCGGCCAAAUGGGCAGCCGAACUCCUGAAUUCACUUGCAGAAGACCACGACCACCAUGACGACGAUUCCCAGAUGCGAGAUACGAAUAAUGUCCAAUCCUCAUACCGCAUAUUCUCUACGAGCUACGAUGACCCGGACGAGGCAAUGUUGGAGGCGAAAGAAGCGCCCAAAUAUCUGCUUGCAAAGGCCUUCUUUGACACCAAGGAGUUCGACAGAUGCGCCGCGGUCUUCCUCCCGCCAGCGAUCCCAGCGGGCGGUCUUGCGAUCUUCGAGAAGACCAAGGGCCGAACGCCUAUAUCCACACCCUCGCGAUACAAGACCAAGGGAAAACAGGCAGACACGACUACACCGAACCCUUAUCCACGUCUGAGCCAGAAAUCCCUCUUCCUCGCCCUCUAUGCCCGUUAUUUGUCGGGGGAGAAACAUAAGGAGGAGGAAACUGAACAGGUCCUGGGCCCAGCCGACGGUGGACAGACUGUGAAUCGAGAACUGCCUUCCCUGGCCCGCGGCCUCGAAGCGUAUUUCCGAAGCCGCGACGCCGUUGACCCAACCCUGAAGCGUUCACAAGGUUGGCUGGAGUAUCUGUAUGGGGUGGUGUUGGCCAAGUCACGGCAGGAGACUCUCGCACACCAGUGGCUUCUGCGGUCUGUCCGACUCAACCCAUACCACUGGGGUGCCUGGGAAGAACUCGUCUCUCUCCUAGCUUCAGGCGAUGAGCUGUCUACCGAGCAAACCACCCCCUCUCUUCUCCCAUCAAACAUCAUGUCCAUAAUGUACCAAGCUGUUGCAUCUGUCGAGUUGUUCUCGACCACGGACCAGUCCAGGACCGUAUCAUACCUACAGACACUCCUGUCCUAUUUCCCCACCUCGACAUUUCUACUCACUCAGCUCGCAACCCUCCAUUACCAUGCGAAGGAGUAUGACACGGCGGCGUCCAUCUUCCAAGACCUGCUGGUCACGCAUCCUCACCGCCUGGAUGGCUUGGACCACUACUCGAACAUCCUCUACGUAAUGGCUGACAGAGCUCGCCUCGCUUUCUUGGCUCACCUCGCCACGUCCGUUGACAAGUUCCGGCCCGAAACAUGCUGUGUUGUCGGCAACUACUAUUCUCUCUGUUCGCAGCACGAAAAGGCAGUCUUGUACUUCCGCCGCGCAUUGACCUUGGACCGCAAUUUCCUCGCAGCUUGGACUCUCAUGGGUCACGAGUACGUCGAGCUCAAGAACACACAUGCAGCCAUCGAAUCCUACCGCCGCGCCGUAGACGUCAACCGCAAAGACUACCGCGCGUGGUACGGCCUGGGCCAGGCAUACGAGGUGCUCGACAUGGGCUUCUACGCUCUCUUUUACUACCAGCGCGCCGCGGGCUUGAGGCCGUACGAUCCCAAAAUGUGGCAGGCCGUCGGGUCAUGCUACGCCAAGAUGGACCGGCUGGACCAGGCCAUCCAGGCGUUCAAGCGAGCCUUGGUGGCAGGGACGUAUGUUGACGAUGCCGGGGGAAGUACGCAGAGCAGCUUCACGGCCGCCGCAAAGGGCAGCAAAGGGCACGCGCAGGCACAGGCGCAGGCCCAACCGAGAAAACUUCUUGACCCGGACACACUGUACCAGAUUGCACUGCUUUGCGAACGGAAGGCCGGGCCGUCAGGCGACGCCGAGGCUGCCAAGUACAUGGAGUUGUGUGUCGCGCAAGAAACCGGUGGGAGUGUGAAGGGUGUUUCCCAGGCGGACAAAGUGUCAGGAAAAAGGGCCCGGAAAAACGAGGAGCGCAGAGCCCGCGCCAUGGCAUCAGCAUCGGCAUCAUCGUCAGCGCUAUUCGCAGGAGGACAGCGGCAUUACGGGACAGGGGCGACAACAGAGGCUACUGCUGCUGCCGCCGAUGACGGGACAGGUGCUGGCCGAGACGACGACACGGAGAUAUUGUCGUCGUCUGAUGAUGAACCAGACGAGGAGAACCCCGAUGACGCCGCCGCCGCCGACGACGACGACGACGCGGAAGCGAACCAAGAUGGAUUCGGCACUGGAACCACGGCGACCACAUCCAAAGCUCGCCUGUGGCUUGCGCGGCGGUGUGUCAGGAUCGGCGAUCUGGAUCGUGCAGAGAGAUUGGCAGAGGAGCUGUGCAUGGACGGCUAUGAGGUCGAGGAGGCGAAAGGACUGGUCAGAGAGGUGAGAGGACGGAGAGGCGGCAUGCUUGGGGGCGAGUUGUGA